AUGGCGUGCGGGUGUGGAUAUCUUUACACAGUGUUGGACAUCCAAACACUCGAAUUCCACCAUCUCAAACAGAUUGCGUUCCCUUCGCAAUCCUUUCAGACUCGCCGGGGGUUCGUGAGAGUGCUACGAUGGCUCGAGAGUUUAAAUUCGCGUGAAGACGUGUUCAUGUUGGGGCAGCUACUGACUCAAGCGCAGCUCCAGUCAACAGGACAGGGAGAUACCAACUUCGCUAAUCAGGUUGCAGCUGCGGCUUCCAUAGAAGUGACAAUGCAUCUCUGCAAGCUCGGUCUGCAGUGUUGUCUAAUACUAUUCCUGCUGGGACGACGAGUGCUCUCCAAGAAUCAAACCAUGGCAUCGCUGAGCCUUUGCAUCCUCAGCUGGAUCUGCUGGAAAAUGGCCCAAACUUGUCUGUACGAAGUGUUAUCACCCUACCGCUCUUCGAUCAGCGAAGUGCCUUCAUUGUCACGCUCGAAGGCACCACUUCGAGACGAAAUGGCCGUUUCAGUGCUGAACGCGCUCUUUGUUGCGCGGUACUCCUCCAUCUGUAUCACCAAUUUAAUUUUUGGUCGUGCAUACCAAAUGUACUUCUGUGAGCCGUGGCCAACCAAGUGGAAAGGCGUACCAGCGUAUUUAGGCUCCAAGAAUCUCGUCCUCGCAACACUGUUCUUUGCCAGUGCCGCCGUCAGCGUCAUGAGUGUGUCUACACCAACUUUACGUUCGCUGUGUGAGGCAGCUACUCAGAUCGAAGCAAUCUCGCUGGUGGUUGCUUUCGCUCACUUUAUUUUCUUAAAUUUUCAUAGGAAGUAA